UCGUCUCUUAUGAUUUUGUUUUAUAAAUUGGAGUAGAAAACGUACCGCGGUGGUGAUUUUAUUUUGCGUGUGUGUGUUUAACUUUGAUCAUUAUGAAUUUAAUUUGGUACGCGUUUGCAAUAUUUGGAACCAGUGUAAUGAGAACGGUUUGUCAGUAAUGUGUUUGGUGUUAACAUGUAUUGAAAUUUAGCCGCGUUCCGAUUGCUCCCCUCGCCUCUUAUAUUGACUUUUUUAAUCUUGUUAAUAUGUACAUAACACUGUAUAUACAUGAAGUGUAAUGAUUGGCUUCUUAAAUUAAGUUAAAGGAAUAGAAUACUGUGACCUACGACUUAAUAUUAUUAAAUUUGCGGUCUUGAAAUAGUUUUAGUGUCGAAGUGAUUCAUAUAUUCGUGUUUGUUGCUCACCACACCCUAGUGUUAGUGUAGACUAGAACUACCGGAAGUGCACUGCACUGGUGAAUGCGUGUGACUUCUUAUCGGUAUUUUUAUUCCUAGUUUUUCGCACGACGCCAAUGCUGCAGCAGAAUUCGUAAGAAUCCGAUCCGGCCGCCGAGCGUCGAGCGAUCUCACAGUGUUUAUCCAGCGGGUCUCGGUGCCCCCAGCAAAACGGCACAUACAACGGCUCGUCGUAGAUAAUAGUGGCUUAGCGGCCCUCCGGAGUACGCCAAAACAUGGCUUGUUGCCUCUCGGAAGAGGCGAAAGAACAGAAACGGAUUAAUCAAGAAAUCGAAAGGCAACUUCGGAGGGAUAAACGGGAUGCCAGACGAGAACUUAAACUCCUCUUAUUAGGGACUGGAGAAUCGGGGAAAUCUACGUUCAUUAAACAAAUGAGAAUUAUUCACGGUUCCGGAUACUCAGACGAAGACAAAAGAGGUUUUAUUAAAUUAGUUUAUCAAAAUAUUUUUAUGGCUAUGCAAAGUAUGAUACGUGCCAUGGAUCUCCUUAAAAUACAAUACAGCGAUUCUUCGUGUAUAGAAAAAGCCGAAUUAAUACGAAGCGUUGAUUUUGAAACAGUUACGUCUUUCGAAAGCCCUUUUGUGGAAGCAAUAAAAGAAUUAUGGGCAGAUUCUGGUAUUCAAGAAUGUUACGAUAGAAGAAGAGAGUAUCAGCUCACCGAUUCCGCUAAAUAUUACCUUCAGGAAAUCGAUAGAGUAGCGUCACCUUCUUACCUUCCUACAGAACAGGAUAUAUUGAGAGUAAGAGUUCCCACUACAGGCAUUAUAGAGUAUCCAUUUGAUUUGGAAGAAAUAAGGUUUAGCUAUUUGAGCGAUUUAGAAAGAAUCGAAAAACCAGACUAUUUGCCAUCCGAACAGGAUAUUUUACGUGCUAGGGUUCCAACGACUGGAAUUCUAGAGUAUCCUUUCGACUUGGAUGGUGUUAUUUUCAGGAUGGUUGAUGUAGGAGGACAGAGAUCCGAAAGAAGGAAAUGGAUUCACUGUUUUGAGAAUGUUACCUCAAUAAUAUUUCUUGUAGCACUUAGCGAAUACGACCAGAUUCUUUUCGAAUCCGAAAACGAAAAUCGAAUGGAAGAAUCGAAAGCGUUAUUUAAAACAAUUAUCACAUAUCCGUGGUUUCAACAUUCUUCCGUUAUACUUUUUUUAAAUAAGAAAGAUUUAUUAGAAGAAAAAAUUAUGUACUCCCAUCUAGUUGAUUAUUUUCCUGAAUUCGAUGGACCGCAAAGAGACGCGUUAGCCGCAAGAGAAUUUAUAUUAAGAAUGUUUGUAGAUUUAAAUCCGGAUAGUGAAAAGAUUAUUUAUUCACAUUUUACGUGCGCUACAGAUACUGAAAACAUUAAGCUUGUGUUUUGCGCCGUCAAAGAUACAAUUAUGCAAAAUGCUUUGAAAGAAUUUAAUUUAGCUUAAAUAAAAUAAAUUAUUAUUUAUAUACUGAGAACAUACGUUUUGUUUUUGCGGCUGUAAAAGACACCAUUCUGCAAUCAAAUCUCAAGGAAUAUAAUUUAGUUUAAUGUUACGAAAAAAAAUUUUCUAUUGAUAACCAUAAUGUGUAUUCAAAGACUCACGUUGCGGCAAGAGAACACGUUUGCGUUGCAAAAGCGAUUUAUAAAGGUUACCGAGUGUUCAACGAAAUAGUGAUUAAAAUCCAAAAAAUUGUAAGUAUCGUGUAAAAUUGCGCGUGUCGAUUGAAUCGAAAAAUGAUGGAAAUUAAGUAAAAAAAAAAAAACAAACAAAAAAUCAACUCUGGGAGAAUAAAAAAAUGAAAAAAUGAAAAAAAAA